CGGGGGCACUGUUCAGGUGGUGCUGUGUGUGAGUCCCAGGGUGAGCAGGUCGCACGCACGAGGUGGAGAGGCUCACAGUCAAAGGGUGAGGAGGCAGUGCUGCCAGGUGCACAGGAGCAGAAGAGAACAGUAGGACACUGAACUGCUGACAGCAUGGGAAAUGCAGAGAGGCUGCACAAAAGCCCCCAGCCACCAAGGCAGCUAUCCUGACACAGGAGCCCCAGAAACACCACGCUGCGCGGCCGGUCAGCUGACAACAACAGCCAGAGGGGAUCUGGGAAGGGGUCGCUGUCUCAUUUUAUUUUUUUUGCCUUUGCAGCACUUUGUAAACUUGAAGGAUUCAUGCUCUGAGGUAAAACUGCCUCCAAGCUGGGACCAUGUUAGUCAAGCAGGGGAAACAAUGGAAAUCCAUGUGCAAAGGGCUGGUCCUGGGCACUCUCUUGACCAGUUGCAUGAUCCUGCUCUACUGCCUGUCAGCUCCACAAGUCCAGUUCAGUGUGCCAGAAGUCCCAGUACCCUACUCCUGUGCGCACCGUCCAUCACGUGUACGAGCAAUGACAGUAUCAAACACCUCCCAGAAUGCCCAGGGGAUGUGCACACCGAAGGUGGACAUCAUGUUCAUGAAGACUCACAAGACGGCCAGCAGCACCCUCAUCAACAUCCUCCUUCGCUUCGGGGAGAAGCACCGGCUCAAGUUUGCCUUCCCUGACAGCCGCAAUGACUUUUUCUAUCCUUCCCCUUUCCAGAGAUCGCAAGUUAAAGACUAUCGGCCGGGCAUGUGCUUCAACAUCAUCUGCAACCACAUGCGCUUCAAUGAGCCUGAGGUUGUGAAGCUGCUCCCAGCCGACACCACCUAUAUCACCAUUCUGCGGGACCCCGCUGAGCUCUUUGAAUCCUCCUUCCAUUAUUUUGGCCGCCUUGCGCCCCUCACCUGGAAGAUCUCAGCUGAGGACAAGCUGACAGAGUUCCUGCAGGAUCCGUCAUACUACUUUGACCCAGAGGGUUUCAACUCCUUCUACCUCAAGAACCUGCUGUUCUUUGAUUUUGGGUACGACAACACCCUGGAGCCAGAUGACCCGCGGGUAGAGAAAAGCAUCCAGGCCAUAGCUAAGCGCUUCCAGCUGGUCAUGCUGGUGGAGCACUUUGAGGAGUCACUCAUCUUGCUGAAGGACACCCUGUGCUGGGAGAUGGAUGACGUGCUCUUCUUCAAGCUCAACGCCCGCAAGGGCUCCACCGUUUCCAAGCUAACUCCGGAGCUGAGGGCCAAGGCGCUGCAGUGGAACGGGGUUGACUGGAAGCUCUACCAGCACUUCAACGCCACCUUCUGGCAAAAGGUGGACGUGUACGGUAGGGAGCGCAUGGCGAGGGACGUGGCAGAGCUGCGGCGGAGGAAUGAGGAGAUGGCUGCCAUCUGCAUAGAGGGCGGGCGGGCCGUGGAGGCCAGCAGCAUCCAGGACACAGCCAUGCAGCCCUGGCAACCCAUUGGGGAGAAGUCCAUUCUGGGAUACAACCUAAAGAAGAACAUUGACAAGAGGCACCGUAAGCUCUGCCGCAAGAUGCUCACCCCUGAGCUCCAGUACCUAACAGAACUGGGGGUCAACUUGUGGAUCACCAGACUCUGGGGUCAUGUGAGGGACAUCAUUAACUGGUAGUAAUUUGCCUCUUCAAAAAAGCAAGUAAAAUAUGACAUAUGAGAACUGCAAUGGAAUUCAGCUGACCAGACAUGAGGGAAGGAUGAUUAUUUCAGUGGUAGACUUACAGUAUGGACCUUUGUAAGUGCUUCGGCUUGAAAUUAGACAACUGCUAGAAGCACUAAGACUGGCCUGUAGGGGACACCCAUGGUUCUCAGCAAUUAACUCCACACUGAGUUUUAACAUUUCAACAAAAUCCUUCAUUUUAGGCAUCAGUACUGUUUUUUUAUUUAUUCCAGCAGUAUUGUACUGUCUUGUUUCCUUGGAACAAGGCUGUUUGCACAAUAUUGUUUGUAAAAUAGGUGCUUGGGAAAUGCAGGAAAGAAUCCUCUUUGUCAUUUUAAAGAUAUUUGUUCUAUAUUUCCUUAUGAAAGACUGUGACUCCUUUUCACGUGUUCCCUACCCUCCCCUUACAUGGUGCAAAUUGUGCUCCAUUCAUAAUUUAUAUUUUUUCUGAGAUGUGGUAAAAGGGUAUAAUGACUGAUCCAUCGAUUUUUAACUUUAUUCUUUUUCUUAGCCGGGGGUUACUAAAGCACAACAAGCACUUGGUUACUAUCUAGUCAGUAUACAGACACUGAAUAUGUAUUAUAUUUAAUUCACCUGACAGAAUCAAAUGUCUACAUAAUUUGCUUCUGCAAACAGUUACCACUAAAGUAAAUUACUUUCAGGGGCAAACAACGUACAGGCAUUUCUUUCUUUCUGUUGUACUUCUUCCUGUCCAGCACCUGGAAAAAAAGGAUGUAUAUGUUGUUUUACUUUUAAAUUAAAUUAACCUGACCAUGAAUGAGACGCCCCCAGAUCAACAUAGAUGUAAUCCAGGAAAUUUGAGAGUGACCUUUGAAAUGCCCACAGAAAGUUUGUACUCUCACAAUAAAGUCAAACUGAGUAAAGGGAAUGGCGGGGUUGCAUUGUUUCGGUUAUCAAAAACCAAAUAAAAAGAGUUAUUGAGAGAGGGAGAAAGAAAGAACGAGUCUUUUGUCUUCAUCUCUGUUUCCAAAGGGUAAUCCAUUAAAAAUUUUUAAAGAGGACUGCAAUGGAUGAAAGCCUUAUCUCAAAACUGCAACAAGCCUGAGGUUUCACACACAAAUACAGCUGAAAGAACCAGAUACAUUCAAAAGCAGUUAAACAAUGUCAAGAACAAUAUAAGUGAAUAGCAUUUUUUUUUUGUAACAUUUUGUUUUCUGAAUUUUCAGCACAAAUUUUGAUGGCUUCUGACAGGUCUUU